AGUAUAUUAUAAUCAAGAAAGUCAAUAUGGCGAAAGCUCAAACAAAAGAGUAGCUGCAAAUCAAUGUCUACUGGUGUCUGGCAAAUAGAAGUCAAAAGCCUAAGGUCGAGAGGAAGGGAGAACCAUAAGUUAAUAGAAAUCUAGAUUCUAGAUAAACGUAUCGUCCGUCCAGUUCUAGGUGGCAUACUAUUAGGCUACGUGAAGCACGCACAGAUGAUAUCGCCAGAUGAAGCCGCACUGCCGAUUCAGGAUCAACACGAAUUGGCAAUUGAAUCAGACGACGACACCGACAUAUCCAGUGAGGACAGCGAUGAUGAACGCAUGCAUUUUGAGUUUCGUCUUGAUCCCAUCGAAGAUAUUUAUGACGAGUACAAUCUGAAGGAGGAGGAGGACAUCCUACCUAAGCUAGCUAGCAAUGUGGAGGAGGUGGGCAUCCUACCUAAGCCAGCUGGCAAUGUGGAGGAGGUGGGCAUCCUACCUAAGCUAGCUAGUGAUGUGGAGGAGGAAGGCACCCUACCUGAGCCAGCUAGCAAUGUGAAGGGGGAGGGCACCUUACCUGAGCCAGCUAGCAUUGUGAAGGAGGAGGACCUCCUACCUGAGCCAGCUGGGAAGAAAGCACGGUAUUUUUCAUGGAAGACAGAAUGUGAGGAAGAUACCACUCCACCACCACUGCGCUUUGUUCCUUCAAGGGAUCCUGGUGUGCAGCUCAGGGCAGAGGACAACCACACUCCUCUGAGUCUCUUCAAGCUGUUCUUUUCGCUGGACACUGUGGAAACCCUCUGCCGUAACACCAACAAGCAUGCUGCCAGGAACAUUGCCAGAGGGGCAAAGUACAGAUGGGUGGAUGUUAGAGCUGCAGAAUUCUACAAAUUCAUCGGACUGAUAUUCUACAUGGGCAUGAUCCAGAUGAAAAAUAUCACUGACUACUGGAGGAAAUGCAAUAUCUUCUCUGUCCCUUUUCCAAGUGAGAUGAUUUCAAGGGACAGAUACCGAACCAUCUUCUGGAAUGUGAGCAUGAGUGACCCAGAUGAAGACAGAGAGAACGAUGCCAAGAAGGGAACUCCAUUGUACGACAAACUAUUCCGUGUCAAACCCCUCAUGGAAACCAUUCAGAAUGUCUCUAUGACAUUCUAUCAUCCCCGCAGGAACCUUUCUGUGGAUGAACGCAUGGUGGCUUCCAGAAGUAAUGUUAUGAGACAGUACAUGAAGGACAAACCAACCAAGUGGGGCUUCAAGUUGUUUGUACUCGCAGACUCCAGCAAUGGGUACACGAUCAACUUUUCUAUAUACACUGGAAAGACCAGGUUCUCCGAUGGUCGUGGCCUCUCUUAUAACGCUGUCAUGUCCCUGAUUAAGAAAAAAUAUUUCGGGAGUGGAUACCAUAUCUACAUGGAUAAUUUUUACACAAGCACCAGACUCUUCAAGGCCUUGCAUGCAGUCAAGUUUGGCGCUUGUGGAACGUACAGAGAUUCCCGGAGGGAUUUCCCACACAGUAACAUCAAUGCACUGACAAAGCGGUCACCCAGAGGAGCAAUGCGCUGGAUUAGAGAGGGUCCUUUUGUCUACGUGAAGUGGAUGGACACACGAGAGGUGUGUGUCUGCUCAUCCAUCCAUGCUGCCUAUGCUGGGGAUACAGUGGACCGGAGAGUGAAAGACAGACAGGGUAGCUGGUCAAAACAGGCUGUUCCCUGCCCCAAACCCGUGAUGGAGUACAACAAGUACAUGGGUGGUGUGGAUUUGUCUGACCAGCUUAUCCAGUACUACACAUCACAGCACAAAACUGCGAGGUGGUACAAGAAGCUUUUUCUUCACUUCCUGGACAUGGCUGCAACAAAUGCCUAUAUCCUCCACAAAGAACUCUUGCAAAGCAUGCAUAAGAAAAGCAUAAGUCACAAGCAGUUCAUGGAGGAGCUCACUGCAGAGUUGUGUGGUGUGUCACUGACUUUUCUGCCCCCAAAGGCUCCUGUGCAGAAAGCCGGAGAGACUUGCAUGCCAGUUUGUGGCAUUGACCUCGGCACAGAUGGGAAUAGGUCCAGUGAUGGUCGCAGAGGCUGUGUGUACUGCAGAUUGCACGGAAAACAAACCAAAACCCAGUGGAAGUGCAGUGCAUGCAGCGUCUACCUUUGCCUUCAGCAAGGCAGAAACUGUUUUGUUGCUUGGCAUGAAGAUGGGAAACGAUCAGUAGAAGAUGUAUAAGGCCACCUGUUUCAAUUAGAUUGUUUUGAAGCUUUUUCCAAUCCAAGCUCUUUUCUAAGCUCAAUCUAAGCUCACUUGACACGUGACUCGUGACUUGACACUUUCCUGAGUAUAUAAGUAUAAGUAUAAAUACUCUUUUGAUCCUGUGAGGGAAAUUCAGUCUCCGCAUUUAUCCCAAUCCAUGAAUUAGUGAACACACACAGCACACAGUGAACACACAGUGAGGUGGAGCACACACUAACGGACCCGUUGAGCUGCUUGUUCAACAGCAGCGUUCGGGGAGCAGUGAGGGGUUAGAAGCCCUGCUCAAGGACACUUCAGCCGUGGAUGUGAACGUGGGAGAGCAGUGCUCAAUCACGCCCACAUUUUUCCUACUGGUCGGGGACAGAAACUGGCAACCCUCCCGUUACAAGCUUGAAGCCCUAACCAGUAGGCCAUGGCUGCUCCUGGCUGUAUCUGGAAAAUGACAGCCACUGACAGAUGGGCAGCUAUCGACACAUGGACAGUGACAGUGGGGAGGGGGCAGUUACAGGUGUGAUACGGUGAUAAAAGAAAGUAGAUGUCCUCACACUUGAGACUCCAAAACCGACAAGGUGGUUUUGGACAUGGUUGGUCGAAACGUUGCAUGUGGUUUUAAAUAAACCUUGUUGGUUUUGGAGUCUCCAGUGUGCGGACAUAUACUUUCUUUUAUCACUGUUACAAUGAAUGUGUCCUGCACCUGGCCCCAUGAGGUGGGAUGUGCAUGCACCUACUUGACCUAAACAGGUGUGAUAUACCCAUCUAAUCAAUAUUCAUUUGAAUAAGCCACUGGCUUCAGUUUGUCUGACUGUUUUUACAUGUCUGAAUAUGUAGUGAGAGAAAGUGGAAUAGAGCAUUAUGUCCAAUAUUCCAAUAUGCGUUUUAAUGUUCUGCAUUUGCAUCACUUUUUUUUAUCUGUACUGUUUGUUAACAUGGAAGGUGCUGGGAUUGAUAUCCCUUCUUGUUGUCUGUUUUACAUCAAAAGCCACUGGCUUCAGUUAGUCUGACUGUUUUUGCAUUUCUGAAUGCUCCUCUUAUUUCUAUGUAGUGAGAGAAAGUGGAAUAGAGCAUUAUGUCCAAUAUUCCAAUAUGCGGUUUAAUGUUCUGCAUUUCUCAUUAGUAGGUCACUUGACACUAAAAGCAUGUUCCUACGUAGUGAACCUGCAUGAUAUCUGUACUGUUCGUAAACAUGGAAGGUGCUGGGAUUGAUAUCCCUUUUUGUUGUCUGUUAAACAUCAAAAACCAUUUGUGCCAAUUAUGAUUAGGGUAGACGGGAUCGCCCCUUGACUUGGCCAGUGUUACUGUUUGUAAAUCCUAUUUCUUUGUCUCGUUAGAGCAGCUGAUGGAUUUUUAGGUGAAGUGCUGUCUCUCCAUUGAUGCACAUCAUUGUAAAUAAAACUCUGUUCUUGAUUUCCUACCAUUGGUCUGACUGGGUCUUCAUUCAUCUGUG